AUGUCGAUCCCCAACGAAGCUCUCCAGAAACUUCUCCAAGAGAUCGAGGCCCGCGCCAUAGCCUCGCAGCAACAAAUCAGUCUCACCAAGUCCCAAAUGACAGCCAAGCAGCGCGACGUGCGCAUGCUCCAGCUGACAUCGAAAGAGCUGUCCGACUUGCCGGCGGAUACGGGUGUUUAUGAGGGCGUGGGCAAGAUGUUCGUCAACGUCCCCAUCGACGCAGUGAACAAGCGUCUUGCACGUGAGAGCGCCGAGUCUACGGCGGAAAUCACCAAUCUCGAGAAGAAGCUUCACUAUCAUGAGACGACGCAUAAGAAUAGUCGAGAGAAUUUGGAGCAGAUUCUCAAGUCUGGAGGAAGGGCUUGA